CUAGGGUCUAAAGAAAGUUACAGCCAGUCAGGGAAAUGGUCCAAAUGAGAGAUAUAGGUAAAUGUUGAAACUGAUAGAGUAUGCAUAAUUUUCAUUAAAUUUAUGUGGCUUGCAUUUUUCAAUUUGUAAAGUUGCUGUGUUCAUGAGUGUUUCUGUUUGAUAUUUUUAGAAUGGUUCUUUCAGACAGCGUCCAUGCUCACACAUGUAUGUAAAUACAUUUUAUAUCAAAUCAGUAUGUUUGUGUCAGUCAGCCAGUUAAGUACUUGUUCAUUCAGUCUGUCGCCUGGCUGCUCUGUUGGUUUUCAGACUUUUUUGAGUUUUUUUUGCUGGUUUGUUUUUGCUGAGAAGAUUGAAUUUCCCUAAUCAGCUGGUCUGGGGUUUGCUGUUCUCCACGGGUGCUUAUCUUUAGAACAGUUCAAAAGUGCUUGCUUUGUUUCAAAAUUAAGUUUUUUUUAUAAAAUAGUUUUGUUUGUGGAAACACCACAUAAAUUUAUUAUUUAUUUAUUAUUUAUUUCCACAACAAAACUAUUAUAUAUUUUAUCGCCAUGCAAUUGUACAAAGAACUUAUUAAGUUUUUUUUGUUUGAUUUAACAUCACAAAAAUCUUGUCUAUCCAUUGGGCUAUUCCACAAAACACCCAUACCUCCCCCACAGAAGAAAUUAGAAGUUAAACGCCCUACCCCCAUCGGAUGUCCUAAUACACUUUUAUCGGAAACAAAUGUUUCUCCCCUACCCUACCACACCAGACGCAGGACGCGAAAUAAUGGCUGGAGGGUCGGCGGUCAAGGUGACUGGCCAACUCAAUUUUAGCUCGGACAUACCGAAUUUCUGGCCGGUCAAAUUAUUCAGCUUAAAGCAAAGCCUAGUAAAGUAUACCCCUAAAAAUGUGACCAUUUUCCCAGUAUAGCAUUACAAAAAGCCUUACUGUAAUCAGUAAUUAAAAAUUCCUUUACAUAAAUCAGCUCGUACAGGGUUAAAAGCUUGGCCUUAACUCUUAAGCCAAAAGCAUGGCCCAUGGGCUUUGUGACGUACUGUGUGCGAAAACUGGUGUACAUUGAAGUUGUUUUCCUGCAAAAUAUUCGACAACAUGCAUGUUAUGGUUCUUAAUUAUAAUACUGUACUUGACCACUUUAUUUUGAUUAUUAUUAUAUAAAAUGAAGAUUAGUUUGUUCUUUUACUGAAAGUGACAGGUCAAAAUGACCGGCAAGGUAAGAAUAUGACCGGACAACUCCGCAUUCUGGCCGGACAUUGUCCGUUGACCGGCCGUUAUUUCGCGCCCUGAGACGGCAGAAAUUUCCUUUGUGGGAGGCCUUGUAUGAAAUGACCCAUUGGUUAGUAAGUGAGUCGUGAAUUUACAUCAAUACCUAGGUGCUAUGUUGGCCACCCAGCUCAAUUAUAUGGUCAGUAAUGAUGAGCUUGAUGCAAAAGCCAUUAUUAGAUUGGAUAAAUAUAUUUGCAACAUUAUCCAGGAGACACGGUAAGAUUUUAAGUGUCUGUCUUGAGUGUUGGAUGUGUUAAUAGACCUUUCCCCUUUUGAGUGAAAUUUUGAUCUAGUGAAAUUUUGAUCUAGAUCUGGACAAAAAUUUCAUCACAGCUUGAAAGAGCAUCACAAAAUUAUAUAAUACAAAAUUAGUAAUAUGCCGAUAAUCAGAUGAUCAAACUGAUUAUCAAUUUCCCAUUUGUAAUACAAAAUGACUGAAAAACGGCAAACUUCGCAGGGCUAUAUUAUCCGCAUUUUACAACAUUUUGCAAUGAAACUUCGGAAUAUUACUAAUUUUGUGAUGCUCUUUCAAGCUGUGAUGAAAUUUUUGUCUAGACUUGUCUAGAUCAAAAUUGCACUCAUAAGGGAAAAGGUCUGUUAAUGUGAGCAUAAACAGGGCUUAAAAUAACGUUCCCAAAGGUCUGAAUCAUGGUGAUCGGCAAUCGUGAAUUUUCCUGCCUAUUCAGGUUGGAAACCCUGCUUUUCUGCUGAUCAUAAGCAGCCAAUCUUUGAUUGGUGAUCGACUGUUAUUUCAAGCUUUCGUAUGAACAUUUCUGACUGAGCAUCAUAAUAUGCUUGAUUCCUAGAAAAGUGUUAAUCCUUCUGGAGGUGACUGUUUUAAAGAAAGGCUCAGAAUGUGUUCGAUACGGUGAUCCAGUACAAUUCGAUGAGAAAACGGAAGGAAAAGGCAGUAAUGCCGCCAUUCAGAACAAUAGGCCAAGCGUCCAACAAAGUUCUGGUUAGUUUCAUUGAAGAUUUUAUUUCUAAAUUUUAUGGCACUCUUUUAUCCCACACAAAUACUUCCUCCCCCUAAAUAAAAUUCUAACUUCCCCCAGUCCAGGAAAAUUUGCCCCACCCCCUGUGAAAGUCUGCUCUUCUAUAAAAUGUACAUACCCCAGAAACUUUAAGUCUUCUAGAAAAUGUUCACCUUAAAAUUAUAUAAAAUUCACCUCCCCCUGUAUACCUGGCAAGGUUUAGGAUUCAAUUUUUGCUGUAGUGUUUCUGUAUUGUGCUACAAAACACUACAGAUUAAGUAUAUGAAGGGUAUAUUGUAUGUGUAUGUACAUAGCUAACAACCAAUGAAUGGUAUGUUAGCAAAGAAUGAGCAGAUUUGUCAAACCAUUUGUGGGGAAUUUUGGAAAGAGCCUGAGGACGAGGUAUCUAAAAUCCCCUGCACUGGGAUUAUGUACCCAAGCUUGGAAAAUUUACAACUUUCUGUAACUUGUGAUAUCUACGUACUGUAGGUGGUGCACAGCAAAACAGAUUUAGUAAUAACACAGGUAUUUGAGAACUAAAUAUUGUUUAGUGAUGUUGAUGAUACAGUGGUCAGUACAUAUGUCUUUCAUCUCUGUGACCGAAGUUUGAUUCCUGCAAUAUUUAUUUAUUAUACUUUGGCUCAACACUCAACAGGCUUGGAAACCGCAACAGCUACGGCCAUUUACUCCGGAUCCAUUGUAAUACAUGAAUUUUAAUAUCAAGUAACAAUAUUAACGAUUACAAUUACCAACAAAACAUACAUUAAAACAUAUACGGACAUUAACAACAUUAAGACAUACAGAUACGGUAUUAAAAACAGCAUAUAGGAAGAGACAGAAGACUACGGGAAGAGCUACACUGAACACAAACUGGCUUCCAUGUCCGUGCAUCGAUCUUCAGAGUUAUAAGUUGAUUUUAAAGCGCUCUGGUAUUAUUCCUUCAAGUGUGCAGUACGUUGUCUCAUUAUAGUGUCACCUCUGUUUCAUGUGAGAAGAGUGCUUUCAUUUUGAUUCUACUAAACAGCGCUGGUUUUCUUCAGAUACAGCCACUUUUACAUUGUGUACAGUACUAACAGUAGUAACACUGGAUCAACGUGAGUGCAGUAAAAAUUGUGUGGUGUUUGUUGUUUAGGGAAUGCGAACAGAAACCAGUCCUCGUCCAGUGGUUCCAGAUUUGGCAGGUAAAAAAUAGUCACCAUCAGUAUUUUGUAUUUCUCUCAAGGCCGGCAAGAGGGGGGGGCAGGGGGGGGGGGCAAAAUGUACACGGGGCCUGGAGUGAUCAGAGGGGCCUGGAGUGAUCAGAGGGGCCCAGAAAUCUCUGUAAAAUGUUCGUAUUGUUUAUAUCCUUGCUUUAUGUUUGUCCUAAAUAGUGAAAUACGCCUACUUGCACACUAUCCGCUGAUCGUCGUCAUCGAUCGUAAAACGUACCAAAUGUGAAAUAAACGAUUCUUCGAUCAUUUUCUCAGCAAAAACAGUUAGCUGAUCAAUUUUGUUCACAUUGUGUUUUUAUCAGUUAUGCGGCGAUUUCUUGCAAGUAAUUCGCUAGCAAUUCUCUCGUUGAUUGUGAUUAAAAAUAGCCAGCGGAAGAGUCGAGAGGGACAGGGGUCCCGUGUUCACCAAUUGUCAUUUUGUCCCGGGGCCUGUGGUUGGCUCUCGCCGGCCUUGAUUUCUCUUCCAGUCCAUCAGUAAACAUUGUGAAGUAUAUUUCUGUAAAAUCUUUCUUUAAUUUUCCAGUAACCAAGCUCCUGUAUCACGAAAUCAAAAUGGGCCUGCUGUCUUUCCUAUUAGCAGUCUUAAUCCUUACCAUAACAGGUCAGUGAUGAAAGUGAGAGUGCAAUCUUUGCAUGAAAAUUUUACCAGAAACUAUUUGUCUGAAUGUCCCAAUACAUUUUUGCUUGAUUGUUUUUCCCUUGACUACAGUAGUUAUCUUUCAUUCCCUGACCUGUAUCUUGGGAACGGUAUUCUUUUCAUUAGCUGCCUAGAUUGGUUAUUCUCCAAUGAAAAGAAUUCACAUUAUUUUCUCACUCUGAUAACUGCUGGUUGACCACUGUAUCUACCGUCUUGGAAGUGUAAAUACGACACAGGUCUUACGGCUCGUAUGGAUUUAUGGCCGAUAACCGAUCAAGCUAUCUUAUAGUUAUAGAUACACAACAACUGUGACGACAGGACUUUAAAAGUGUACUAUAUUUAUCUUCUACGAACCGUCAAACUACAAUAUAAACAAAAUAAGCUAAAAUUACAAAAGGAAGAUUCGAAAUAUACAGCAAAAUAUAGCAAUACUUACGACUUGUGUGCCGACUGUAAGCAUGCCACUUGGCGAAUCUUAAGUUCCUAAAAGCGGGCGACUAACAUGCAUAGCAACCCAAGAUAAACAACUGAGAGGGCGUAACAACCACCAUCUGCUUCACUACGAAACUUAACUGCAUGCCCCACAAUCUUAGCUCCUCCCCAAGGUCUAUUUCUUGAGUAUAUGAACGAUCCUGUAAAUAAUGUUUUCCUACUCGUGUAGAUGGACAAUUUGUGCACGUGUAACAUCAAAAUCCAACAUCAGAGAGUGGUCAAACUCGCGCGGGGAAGGACGCUUGUUUAGUGUUGAUUUAAUUGAUGAGUCUGUAAGUGUGCUCACUGUUUGGUCUCUAACCUGAGGUGUGAUUCUUGUAAUUUGCAGUGUCUGAU